AUGUAUAAAAUUCUAAGUGAAGCUGCCAAGGGAAUUUCUGUGAAAAAUUUAGAAGCGCUCGGGAAGCUCGCAAAAGUGCGUCCCUCGUCGUCGUCAUCCACAAGCAAGGAUCACGGCCUAACCGAUUUUAGCAAGAAGAAAGCUUGUAAAGAAAAAGUUUGCCGGCAACGGCCUCCCCAGCCACCCCUGGAAAAGAAGCCUGAAUCUUACAGUGAAACAUCCAAAACGUGGCACACCUGUCCGGAACCUGCAAAACCGAAGAAAUUCUCCUGCGAUGACAUCCAACCACAGCGGGUCCCACGGAGAUCGAAGCUUCAAGUCGCGACCAAAACUCCUUGCAUGGAACCCCCACCUACCUUGCAAGCUCCCGAUUGCUUCAAAGUGAAAACCCAGCUCUGCCCGCGAACUUCGAUGCCCGGCUGCGGGAAAGCUAGAAUUCCUCCCCGUUGCGAACCGAAAAAGGUGGCCCGAGAUUGCAUCAGAGCGAAGCCACCGUUUCCUUCGUUUUCGGAAUGCUUCAAAUUUCCGUUUCUGCCUCCACCCCGGUCAGAAUGUACCUGCCUGACGGAGAAGAAAAUUUGUCAGUGA